UAUUGUCAAAAACGUAUCAUCCACUAGAUGGCAGCAUUAUCUAUUUUAAGGGCCCUACUUCGACAGCCUACAUGAACUGAAUGUCUUUUCAUUAACGUCAAUCUGCGAGUAAACUCGCGCGCACACGCACACACACAGUCCUGUGGUGAAGACAGUGGGGAGCCUCUUUUGCUGACCUGCGGGCGUGGCUUGAGUGACACCGGUAGAAGGGCGGAACUGUGGCCCCUGAAUUUAUUUUAAAGCAUCAUGGGUUGGUCCUGAUGCUCUGCACAACUCAGCAACUUCACUUCCAGCGGACUCAAGUGUCAUCCUCCGCCCUCCAGCAGGCCCGUGCAACUGCAGCCAGCAUGUCAAACUCAGACAGAGUUGUGUUAGCUCUAGGAGGAGCGGGGACAGUGGGCUCUGGGAUAGUUAAAGCACUGCUGGACAAAGGUUUCAAAGUCGCAGUGAUCUCCAGGGACAGCAGCCGGCUGGAGAGACUCCAAUCAUUUGUCUCUCCCAACACAAAGGAAAACCUUACCACUAUAGUGGGGAAUGUGGGGUCAGAGGAGGGAGCAGAGAAGGCAAAGCAGGCCCUGUUGAAGGCGGUGGGUAAGGUGACAGACGUUGUCUCCUCUUUGGGCUUCAGUUGGUGGCAGGGAGGACCACCACACACCCAGUCUCUCAAAGACCUACACUGGGUAAUUGAGACAUUACUUUUCAGCACAUUUGUGUCAUGGAAGGCCUUCUUCCCCUUGGUGAGGGACGACUCCAACUGUACCUACACCUUCAUAACAGGUGGAGCAGGUGAGAAGUUGCUGAUGCCUGGUACGGGCUUCCUGACAAUAGGAGCAGCCAGCACCCUGGCCUUCUGUCAGGUACUGCGAGGGGAGUACCCUGAGGUUCCCUGCAAACUCAACCAGGUGAAGAUUGACACAGGUGUAGCCACUCCAGAGCGCAUGGCACCUGGUUACCUGAACCACUUGGACCUGGGCGAGGCUGUCGCCACCCUUGUGGAACGACGAAAAACUUCCCACACUGUCUUCACCAUCAACUGCCCCGCAGACUUAAAAACUGUCCUUCUGGAGAGGAACCUUUAGACCUGGAAACCCUUCCUCCAGCCCUGCCUUGUUGUCACAGGGACAUAUCUACACUUCUUCUGUUCCUAAUGUUAAUGAACUCUCCAGAAACACAGUGUCUUUGGUUCGUCGGUUUUCUUCUCCCAUAACUCCGAACCCCAUCCAUGCACAACUGUAUGUGAAUUGUCUGUUGAUUCCACUAGCACUGUAUAUUCUGCUGCCUGUUCUCAGAUUGAUAGAAACUGGCUUCUCUGCAUGUGCUGUUGUGUGAUAUAUAUGGGGAAAAAAAACGCACAGGGUUUGAAAUACUCGCUCACUUCUCAUUGCUGCCUGCUUCUGUACAAACGUUAUCGCACACACAGUUCUGUUCUGUCUUACAUCGUGGGAAGUCAUAAUACCCAAAAUAACCUCUGUGAUUUCUCCAUGCUAAAUAUACAUAUAAAAUUAACUUCUUAAGGCCAAAACCGAGCAGGUGAAGACUGAUGGACAAUUUAACAACUCAAAAAAGAGGAGGGUGGUUGGUUGUAGAUUAUCUGAUCGUAUGUAUCUAUAAAUCUGGAAUUAAAGAUACCCUGUGGAGCAAUGGAGUAGUGUCUUGAUAAGCGAAUCCCCAUUUUGGUCUUUAUUAGCACUAUGGAGGCACAUGCGAGCUUUGUGCUGUUCCACCGAUUGACAGUUGGUAGCGGUAUCUGCCAAAAAAUUUACCAAUGAAAGAGGAAGCUAGCAUAAUAUGCUGUAUAUAAAUUAUGUAGGUUUUUAAGACUUUGACAAAAAUCGACGUGAAGUGUUUAAUGUCGUUGAAAGCACUGAAUAUAAGUUUAACUGUGUUUACAAGGCAACUCCAUAGGGUAUCUUUAACAUCUUGAUAUAAAGUGCACAUGGUUGAAGAGUGGAGGCUAUAUAGCUCUUACACUAUGACCAAUGACCUGAAAUGUUAAGGACUUAGAGAUACUGGAGAUGAUUAGAUGUUAGAUGAUUUAAGCACUUUGUAUGAUGCAUACGUACCCCUUACAGAUGGAAACCAUGGCUUUGAAUAGUAAGACUCAUUGGUAUGGCAUGAAGAACAAACCACCUGAACCUGACUGAUUAUGGAUGCACAGCAUGGCUUGGCCCAUUUUAACCUCUUUGUAGAGCUUUGAUUAGGUAAAAAUGGAAGCUUCAAUAUCCAAUGUUUUGCAUUCAAAUGCCAAUAAAGGACAUAUGUUCUACA